AACAGCUGAUGUUUUCAGCUUUCGUAACAAUUGUAAUAUUUAAUGAUAUUAAUCUCUGUUUUGCAAACUAAUAAUGGUUUUAGCUCAACACCAUAUACUACAGAGGUUUUACAAUAAAACAAGUAUUUCAAGUUACUAAUCUCUAAGAAAAAAUGUCAUUGAACACAGCAAAACAAUUUCUUAAGAAAAAACUAGCAGCCUUGCAAGUUUUACGGAUAUUUAAACAAAAACCAGGCGCUUCUGAAGUUCUUACGGCGUAUCUGAUGCAGUGUAAUGAGCCCCCUUGGACAUCUUACUUUGUAAAGUACAGUAGUGUAAAGGAUGACCAGUUUGGCAUGUCCAACUUCAACUGGAGAGUGGGCAAGUCCAACUAUCAGAUACUACGGACCGGCUGCUACCCAUACAUCAAGUACCACUGCUCCCGGAGGCAUGUAGAGGACCUCACUGCCUCUGACAAGUUUAUGAGAAUUAUAAAAGUUGUCAAUUUCGGCAUUCCAUGCCUCCUGUACGGCCUAGCAGCAACACAGCUCAUCCACCAUACUGAAAUAGUCCACACAUCAAAGGGCCCCGUUACGAUAUACUUCCUGCUGCCAGAACACAAAGGCUCCUUCCACUAACAAGUAAUACUCAUAUUAUUGUAGAUUU